CACACACCCCUCUCCUGGGGCAGGACCAGCCCGAUGUUGUGGUCAGUGUCACUUCCUGCUGAAUGUAGUUGAGACAAAAGAUCUUCACUGAAUGUUCAGGCAAACCUACAAUAAUUUCUGAUAUGAUACCUGCUAAAACAUUCUCUUGUAUGUGGGUUUACACUGCGUUUUUCAUCAACAUGAAAGGUGAGCUAUCUACAACCUAAUGUUGUUCUGUUGCAGUUGUUUCUUUGUUUUACAAGCAGAAUGUUUUGUGGUCAUGGUUGCUGGUUGGCUGGCUGAUUCGUGCUGUCAUGCAGACUGUGAAUUGUACUCGAUGCCACCAGGAGAAAUAAACGUGUCAGAGUUUAUGCUGCUGUUCUCUGGAAAAUUACUGAAAGUCAUGACAGUAAAAUAAGAUCUUGUAAAUGGUAGGUGGGAUGAGCUCAAGAUUGUGAUGAAGGGAAAAGUUGUCACUCUGCAAACAGGAGCUACUGGCCUACAGAGAGAUGCUGAAGUAAUGUGGCUGUUCGAAAGUGGAGACCAAACUAGCCGUAUUGCACAGCUGUAUAAAGGAACAGUCUUCACUCAUUAUGAACCAAGACUCGUCAACAGACUAAAGCUGGACCGAGAAACUGGAUCACUGACUAUCUGGAACAUCAGCACCAGUGAAUCUGGACUUUAUGAAGUCACAAUCAGUGGAUUCAUGUCAGCGAGGACGUUCAAAGUUGAUGUUUAUGAGCCAAUUUCUGUACCUGCCAUCAGGAUUGGCUCGUCGGUGGAUCACCUAAAUCAAGAACUCUGCUCUGUGCUCUGCUCUGUAAAAAAUGAACAAGACGUGUCCAUCUCGUGGCAUAAAGGGGGUGAAAUUGUGAACCAGACCACCAAUCCAGAUCUCAACAUGAACCUGAGUUUACCAUUAGAGCUCCAUUAUACUGAUCCAGAGGCCUACAGCUGCACAGCUGCAAAUCCAGUGAGCAAUAAGACCGUCUAUCUUCACAUCAAAGAGAUCUGCCCACAACAUGAAGAUUGUCAGGAGCAUUGUGGUGUCACUGAGGUUCUGAUUCGAUUGGUUCUGUCCGGUCUGGUGGGAUUUGGCAUUGUUGUUUUUUUGGUUGAGCACAUGAUGUUGUGCUCCAUUCAAGGAAGAGCUCCUUCUGUUUGCUAAAGACACUGUCAUGACAGGUUCUAUAAGGGUAUAGGCAGCACCAAAUAAAAUGACAAAAUCACUACAACUGCAGACUGCACAGAGAGUGUUUAGUUAGUGUGGAAAAAAGAAAUUCGGAAGUGCAAGCAAAAUUGUAAGACUUAGUUCCAAGGUUCCUUUAAGACAAGUCAUUUCAAUCAGUGUCCAUCGCCUCUCGGGAAACCAUUCCAGUCAUGCAAGUUCAGCGCCUAUCUCUUUGAAUGGGGAAACGUCAAAUUCUCUAAAGCUGUUAACCAAGCUUAUGAUUAAAUUUCAUUUGAAAUCACCAAUGAAAUCUGGCAACAACUAUCUCAUAAAUGUUGUUUCUUAUGUUGAAAGCAAUGCUUCUUUUUGUUUUUUAUUUAUUGCCCAUUCCACUUUCUCCCAUUCGUAAUGGUGUGUACACCAAAAGUGACUUCAGUUCUCACGAGUAGAUUACAUUCAAUGCAAAGACGCUAAUAGAUGCCAGGCGAUGCGAUUGCUGUGAUAUGCUCAGUCGCUUCUUAAACAUAAAUUGAACGAUGACUUGAGCAGAAAAUUUGCAAGAUGCACUGUUGCACAAGCCAAUCAGGGAAGAGCUUAUUGACAUGUCCAGUUGUAUCAGAAAAUGAAGGAGAGUACAGUGCGAUGAUUUUAUUCAUGUGAGUGACACGAAAAACUUCCCGCGACUCGAGUAAUCUAGAUGCGAAUAUUCGCUCCGCUUUUGGUGUGCACACACCAUGAGUCAUAGGAGCACAGUUUUGGUCUAUAUAAAGUCUUUGCUUGCCACAAAAACACAGAGACUGACAACGGGAUAAAAGUGUAAACCCUGGCAGUGUUUUACAAGAUGGAGAAAUCUGAUAUAUUGAUUGAUGUUUGGGUGUCAAUCUGUACAACAAACUUGCUGAGUUCUUCGUGACAGGUAAGCUAAACUUAAAGUUAAAAGUAUCUCUAAUAUGUUGGACCUUUUAUCGUAGUGUACUUUUACCUGUUGCUGUUAAAGACCCAUAAGAGCUGUGUUUGGGAUGUUUGAGUUGGGGAAGACGUGACACGCAAAAGAAGCAUUUGCAAAGGUUUGAAAACACACUUUAUUUUUGUAAUUCCACUAGAUGCUAUAAUUAGUUUAGAAGCUGACUGGCUUUAACAAGUGCAAACUAUUCUAACUCAAACUUUUAGGGAAAAUGUCUUUUGAAUAAAGAUUAAAAGAGUUUGUCGGAAGCUCAGUGGUGGACGUUGAAGUUACAUGACCGUCAUGUAGUUCGUUUAUACUCCACAUUUAGCUUUUUUGUUUUGGUUGUUCAUGAUGAUGAAUAAAACGUGUAAGAGUCUAAUUUUUGUUGGUCUCAGAGUUUAUCUGCAAUAAUACAGAGGCCAAUAAAAAAUUCCAACUGGGUUUUUGUCAAGAGAACCAGGAUGAUUUAAACAUCUGGGUCGGCCUACAAAAAUACAUUGUCACUAGAGCACUCAGUAAUUGGCACAUUACACAUUACUGAAAAUAACAAUAAUGUGUAAUUUUUUGUUGUUGUUGUUGUUGUUGUUUUUUUUUUUUAAUUAUUAAAAUUAGUUUUUAUUUUCCCAUUUAAAAUUGUAGUUAUAUUUUUAUUAUUAAUGUAUUUUUUCAUUGUUUUGUGUUGAUCUUACAUCAACAUGAUGGUUUCCUGUAUAGAAAAGGUGCAAUAUUU